UGAGUGGUUAGAGAGAGAAAGGGAGAAGGCAUAAUAUGUAGAGAGAGGAAGAAGAAGUAAAUAAUAAGAAGGGAGUUGUGGAUGCUUUCAGCUACUAGCUCAAACUGGCCUCGUCUAUGCUGUAUUGGGCAGAGUCUGUAAUUCGUAGAGAUCUUCAAAAACAUCUCCUUUUUUUGCAAUCUCUUUCCUUUAGUCGUAGGUUUUUUUUUUUUUUUUUUUUUUAAUUUUAUUUUCAUUUUCUUUCUAUUUGUAUUUUCUUUUCCUUGUUUACUUUCUCUCAUUUGAAUACUCGACUUUGUCUUCACGAGGACUCUCUUUUUUCUUCUUGCAUUCAUUGAAUGCCCGUAGAGGACGAGAGAUCGAAGUAAUUGUUUCUCCUCUCCGUUUGUUUGUUUCCCCAGAAAAAAAUAUUGGUUCUUUUGGGGAAAAUUUUGUUAAAGCUAUGGUUUUUAAAUUGGGUAUUUGAAGAGGGUAUAUCUAUAUAAAUAUUUUGAAGGUACAGCAAGAAAGAGAAAUGUGGGAUCUAAACGACUCGCCUGGUCAGACGAGAGACGAUGAAUCCGAGGAGGCUUGCUCUUCCCAGAAGACCUCCAUAGACGGAGACGAUGACAAGGGCAAACGGGUCGGAUCUGUAUCCAAUUCCAGUUCGUCGGCUGUGGUAGUCGAGGACGGAUCCGAUGACGAAGACGGGAGUAAGAUGAUGGUGGCGAAGAAGCGAAGCGGUCGGAUAUUCGGGUUCUCGGUUCCGCAGGAGGAGUACUUGGAGGGUGACCCGCCAGUGACCCGACAGUUCUUCCCGGUUGAUGACCCAGAAAUGGGAGUCUCUUCGUGUGGGGUUGUUGGCGGCGGCAGCGGCGGGGGGGUUAUUGGCGGACCCGGGUUCCCGCGGGCCCACUGGGUUGGAGUAAAGUUUUGUCAAUCGGAUCCUCGAAGACCGUCGGGCAAGUCCAUGGAGGUGUCGCAACCGAUGAAGAAGAGCCGGCGCGGACCCAGGUCGAGAAGUUCACAGUAUCGGGGUGUGACUUUCUACAGAAGAACCGGACGAUGGGAGUCUCAUAUAUGGGAUUGUGGGAAGCAAGUAUAUUUAGGUGGAUUUGACACUGCCCAUGCAGCUGCUCGCGCUUAUGAUCGGGCAGCCAUAAAGUUCCGGGGAGUAGAGGCCGACAUAAAUUUCAGCAUUGAAGAUUACGAAGAAGACUUGAAACAGAUGAGUAACCUAACCAAGGAAGAAUUCGUGCACGUACUUCGCCGACAAAGCACCGGCUUCCCUCGAGGAAGCUCUAAAUAUAGAGGCGUAACUUUGCACAAAUGUGGCAGAUGGGAAGCUCGCAUGGGCCAAUUCUUAGGCAAAAAGUACGUUUACUUAGGCUUGUUCGAUACGGAGAUUGAAGCUGCAAGAGCUUAUGAUAAAGCUGCAAUCAAAUGCAAUGGAAAAGAAGCCGUCACCAACUUUGAUCCUAGUAUAUACGAGAACGAGCUUAAUGCCGAAUCUUCAGGCGAUGCUGCAGAUCACAAUCUUGACUUGAGUUUGGGAAACUCGGCUUCCAAUAAGCAGCAUUCUGGUAUAGAUCAUCAUCAUCAUCAUCGUCUUGAAGCUGAUUGGCGGAACCAAGCUUUUAGCUCCAAGCAGGAAGCUUGCAGAGGUGAAGGUGAACCUCAGAAUGGUUACAGUGAAGCUGAAACAAUGCAACUUCUGAGCCAGACCCAUCUGCAAUCUCCUGCGAAUUCGUUCAAAUCCAGCUCUGAAUUGCAAAGGUAUGGGCAAUUCAGGCGACCCGGGGACAUGUUUCAAAUCCUUCCUCCGUACAUAAACCCGCCAAAUUAUCAAAUUCAGUUUCCGAGCAGCAGCCAUGGAGGCCGAGUAGGGAGUGAUCUGGCACUGUCAACGAGCGAUAAUCAUCAUCAAUGGCAAUCUGGUCAACAUCAUCAACAACUGUUUGCAAGUGCUGCAGCAUCAUCAGGAUUCCCACAGCAGAUCAGAAACCCCCAGAAUUGGCUGCAGAAAAAUGGGUUCCAAAGCUCUCUCAUGAGACCCUCCUAACCCAUUUUGAUCUUACAGUAGCCAUUGUUAUAUUGUCUUCUCAUCCAAACAAAGCUUCAAUCUUUCGUCUCUCUCUCUCUCUCACUAUAUCCGAAUCACCAUGUUUAUUUUUGUUGAUCAUGAAAUCGGCAUGUAAAGAUCAUUUGCUCCAAAGAUUCUCUUCUUUAAUUCUUGACUGCCCAACUUUCCCUACAGAGGCAAAGGAGAAACUUACUUUUGGGAAAGAGCUGAAAAGAGAAAUUAAGAAAAAGAAAAUUUGGGAAAAUUUCCAAUUCUCUGGGAAAUGUUUGGUCGUCGGUCAAACUAACAAACGGACGAAAUCUUCAACUAGAUUUUCUGAUUCCUGACUUCAGAAAAAAAAAAAAAAAAGAACACUACUUCAAAUUAAUACUACCAUUUUUUAAAUA